UCAUAUCCAGAUCGUAGAGGUUAUGCUAGAUAAGUACAAUACUAUAUUUGUGGACGAAGUUGACCUUUCCACAUGUCUACCCGAGGUGCAAACGCUGCGUGACAGACUUGGAGACGGAUUACGCACCGAAACAAAAAGUACUGGACAAAACUCACCGUCAAGCUCUAAUGAAGAUAUACUGGAUCAUUGUUGCGCAUCCCCUAUGAUGAGCGAUGUGGCACCCCGUAUAAAAACCAAACGGCUCAAUAGCAUGCAGUGCAUCGAAUCAAGCUCAAACAAAUCCGACACCGCCAUGGAAGAUACCGAUACGAACCUAUUCUCAUCGCAGCUAUCCCUAGGAUCUGGGUAUCGCGCUAUCAAGGCUGAAAGCUUGGAGAGCCUCUUCAUUGCGUCGCUGAGUGCAUACGACUCUGCGGCUGUCAAUGCUCAGCGGAUUAAGGAAGGCCUCCCAGUGGAAAUAGACACCACUGGCUGGUACGCAAUCGCCGAGACCAUCACAGACGACGAGCAGAAUGACAAGGCAACUAGUGCCACAGAGCUCAAUGAAUCUACGACUGUUGAUGUGCCUCAGGAUCGUUUGCCCCAGGCUGAUGUGGCACAACAUGUGGUACCAGCUGUUGGUACAAUGACAUGUGCCAGUCCAGCAGACAUCCCCGAGACCUACUUCGCCGCAGCUCCACCCAGACCCACAGCUGGUCCACCCAGACCCAAAACGGUACCCCGUAAGCCGCCGAGCACCAGCAUCGUCGUGGCUCAAGGAAGUGAUACUGUAGAUGAGAUCUCUUCGAGUAGUGAUGUGAUAAGUGUGUGGAUGGGGGCCGAGGUAGAUACCGGGAUGGGCGCAAGCGACACACGAGUGCCAUCUGCGACAAAUACACAACAGCCUGGUACUGAAGAACAAGUAGACUACCAUGGUACGUCAAGUGGAGACGACUUGACAGUCGACGCAGCAAACGAAAAUAGACAGGAGCUGCAUUCCGCAAGGAAAGACGAGGGAGAGGUGGAGAUAUGCGAGACUACAAUCAGUGCGAUAGAUGAUCGUGAGAGUCCACUGGAGACGUCCGACCCAGCGAAUGUUGAAAAUGAGUGCACUACAACGCUGCCGGAUAUGGAUAGUACUACAGUUGCAAUAGAGCACAAAGAUGAGAACUCGAUAGAAUCAGAGACUAAGUCGAGCGCAAACACUACCGUGUCACCUACUGUAGCACAACCUCAGGCACCUCCCAGUGCAGUCACAGUGGCAGAUAUAGGUGUGAGCGACGCUGCGCCUAUAGCCGCACCACGACCACGAACAACAAGCACGCACUCGCUGCACAGCGCACACUCAAUAGCCGCCUCUGGAGCAGAAGGGAGGAGCACGACAAAUACGGUCGAAGGCCCGCAGGCUGAGCCGAUCGAUCUAAUGAAGGCGCUGAAACAGUGCGGCGACGAUAGCUCGAUGUCGGGUAGUGCGGUAGCCGAGUACAUGAUCCAGACCAUGUCCAAGAAGUCCAGCGAGUGUGUGUGUCGUGACGUGAACCCACAGACAGAGCAACAGACACGCAGUGCGUGUAAGACAACAGAGGGUAGUUGUGUGAGCUCGGAUUGUGCUGUGACACCUACAGUGGAGGAGGUAGCCGACGACGUCUUCCAUGUAAUUGAACAGCUGAGCGCGUUCAGUCCAACCUUGGCCACAGCGCCAUCGGACGCGUAG